UUGAGAAUCCGCUACGUCUGCAACAGGAGAGGAGGGCGGCGUGAGCGCGGAUGGAGAAAUAAGAAAACCACGGGCGACCUUUGAACCUCCUUCCUUUGUUUUCCCACAGAAAUCACGGGACAGUCAGGACUCGUAAAGUGAAUCAUGUAGGGAUAAAUGUUUGAAGAAUGCGUACUUCUGCAGAGAUGCCCAAACUGCAAUCUAUAGGAAAACUGUUUCCCGGAUGCGCGGUCUGCUUUCCAUCGGAGUUCCAAACGCUGCCAAUCUUUCGACGUGAACUUGUUUAGAUCUGGACAAAUACAAGACAUUAUUAUUCCUUUACAAAAAAAUACAAUUAAGAGUUAGAGACUGGAAAGCUAUCAACUGAAGUACUGCAUGGGAUAUUAAACCAGCCAAAAGAAAAAACAUCUUCGAUUUGCACCCUUUUUUUACAAAGAAACUUUCAAAAAUGACAUCUGUGCAUUUUAACCCUGGGCUUGAUUCCAAGGAAGUUAAUGGCAAUGGAGUGAAAGAGGAGGCUGAGGUGCGUAUCGAUGAUGGGAAGGAGGAUACAGCCGAGCCAGACACCAUGUACUAUCGUGUCCGGAAAAUGAUAGGUCCAUUUGUGAUGUCCUUUGGAUUUCGUGUGUUCGGCCUGAUACUUAUCAUCAUAGAUAUUGUUCUGGUGAUAGUGGACUUGUCUCUUUCCAACAAGAGCAGUGAUGUGGAAAGUGCAUUGGAGGCUGUUUCUCUGGGCAUCUCCUUCUUUUUCCUCAUUGAUGUGCUGCUCCGUGUCUAUGUGGAGGGAUUCAAGGUGUACUUCAGCUCAAAGCUGAAUAUAAUAGAUGCUUGUAUUGUAUCUGUUACCCUGGUGGUCACCAUGAUCUACACAUUCUCCGAUUUCUCAGGAGCCAGCUUAAUUCCCAGGGCGGUGACGUUCCUGAGAGCUUUGAGGAUUAUUAUACUGGUACGGAUCUUCAGAUUUGCCUCCCAGAAGAAGGAGCUUGAAAAGGUCACCAGAAGAAUGGUGUCUGAGAACAAAAGGCGGUACCAAAGAGAUGGAUUUGAUCUGGAUCUCACAUAUGUCACAGAGAGAGUGAUUGCCAUGUCAUUUCCAUCAUCCGGCAAGCAGGCGCUCUAUAGAAACCAUAUCAAAGAGGUUGCUAGAUUCCUCGAUGCCAAACAUCCUGAUCACUACAAGGUCUUUAAUCUGUGUAGUGAGAAGGGAUAUGAUUCUAAAUUCUUUCAUUAUAGAGUGGAGCGGAUUAUGAUAGAUGAUCAUAACGUACCAUCACUUGAGGACAUGCUGCGGUACACGGCAUGUGUCAGGGAAUGGAUGGCAGCAGACUCCGGGAAUGUGAUCGCCAUCCAUUGCAAAGGAGGGAAAGGACGAACUGGGACUUUGGUGUGCACGUGGCUCAUUGACAGUGACCAGUUUGAGAGCGCAGAGGAGAGUUUGGAGUACUUCGGGGAGAGACGAACGGAUAAAAGUAUGAGUUCAAAGUUUCAGGGUGUUGAAACUCCCUCCCAGAGCAGGUACGUUGGUUAUUAUGAGAUUAUGAAGAAUCAGUACAACCGCCAAAUGCCACCUCCAAAGAGCCUGAAAAUAAAAAGCAUCCGGAUCAACUCUAUUGCAGGUGUUGGUAAAGGUAAUGGAAGUGACCUGGAGGUAAAGAUCAUAGUAAAGCGAGAGCUGGUCUUUCAGUGUGUUUGUGCCAAACUGGAGAACUGUGCCUUGUUUCCUGACACGGGCAGCAAUGCAGUGGUCAUCAGUUUACAGAAGGGGCCUGUUGUGUCUGGAGAUGUCAAGAUAAUGUUUGAAUCCAGUGCUGGUCUACCAAAAGGGUACGAGGACUGUCCAUUUUAUUUCUGGUUUAACACAUCUUUUGUAGACAACAACAGGCUUCACCUUUCGAGAGAAGAAUUAGACAAUCCACACAAAUCUAAGACAUGGGACAUCUAUAAGGAGGACUUUGGAGUGACAUUGUCUUUCACAGACCCUUAAAAGGAUCCUCUUUGUUUAACGCUAUUCACUGUGACAUUAAUCAUGUAUUAUUGUUUACUAUUUUUGUAUUGUCUUACGUGAAAGGAUAUUAAGGGAUAGUGCCGCUGUGAACAAGCUGUCAAAUAAACCUAAAUAUGUCAAAUGAA